AUGGGUCGACGAGCCAAGAACAAGCAGGGAGUUCCACCUACUCUGGAGGAGCAGACCCAGGGACCCGCUCCCGUGCGAAAAGACAAGAAAAACAAGAAGGAUUUCAAGGUAACUAAGCCCGAUCGAAAGACUAAAAAGGUGAAGGAGAUCCCUCAGCUGCCUGUUGAGGAGGCUGAAGAGGAGCUCCCCGAGGAGGAGGAUGACGAUGUUGUCCGGGAGAAGAUGACUCUGUUCGAUGACUCUGAUGAUGAGGAGAUGGACAACGAUGAGUUUGAUAUUGAGGAUGGCUCUGAUGAUGAGGUGUACGACUCUGAUGACGAGACCCACCACAAGCCUAUGUUCUCUGAUGACGAGGGUGAUGAGGACGAGCUCAACGCCGCCAACAUGGAGGCUAUGUCUCGACGGCUAGACGACGAGGAAGAGUCCGACGAAGAGAUGGCGGAGGAAGAGCUGAUGGAGCUCAUGAAGCAGCACCAGAACCCCCGAGCACAGAUUCUGCCUACCGCAGAGGCUGCUGCCGCCGAGGCCCAACUGCCUCCGGAUCUGCAUGUUGUUCGAACCCGAAUUCUGGAAAUCGUCAAGGUUCUGGAGGACUUCAAGGGUCUGGCCGAGGAGGGCAAGUCCCGAAACGACUACACCACACAGCUGCUCAAGGAUAUCUGCUCCUACUACGGCUACAACGAGUACCUUGCCGAGAAGCUGUUCAAUCUGUUCACUCCUUCUGAGGCUAUCGAGUUCUUUGAGGCCAACGAGGUGCCCCGACCCGUCACCAUUCGAGCAAACACCCUCAAGACUCGACGACGAGACCUUGCCCAGUCUUUGGUCAACCGAGGUGUCAACCUGCAGCCCAUUGGAAAGUGGACCAAGGUUGGACUGCAGAUUUUCGACUCUGCCGUGCCCAUUGGAGCAACCCCUGAGUACCUGUGUGGUCACUACAUUUUGCAGGCUGCCUCUUCUUUCCUGCCCGUCAUGGCAAUGGACCCCCAGGAGGGCGAGCGAGUGCUCGACAUGGCAGCUUCUCCCGGAGGAAAGACCACCUACAUCUCUGCUCUGAUGAAGAACACAGGUAUGGUUUUCGCCAACGAUGUUUCCAAGCCCCGAAUCAAGUCUCUGAUUGCUAACAUCCACCGUCUGGGUUGUAAGAACACCGUGGUCUGCAACUAUGACGCCCGAGAGUUCCCCAAGGUGAUUGGAGGCUUCGACCGAAUCCUGCUGGAUGCCCCCUGUUCUGGUACUGGAGUCAUCUCAAAGGACCAGGCUGUUAAGACCAACCGAUCCGAGAAGGACUUCAUCCAACUCCCGCAUCUGCAGAAGCAGCUUCUUCUUUCCGCUAUUGACUCCGUCGACGCCAACUCCGCCACUGGCGGUGUCAUUGUCUACUCGACGUGUUCCGUCAUGGUGGAGGAAAACGAGGCUGUAGUUGAUUACGCUCUUCGAAAGCGACCCAAUGUGCGACUGGUGGAGACCGGUCUGGAGAUUGGAAAGGAGGGGUUCACCUCAUUCCGAGGAAAGACCUUCUCGCCCAAACUCAAGCUCACCAGACGAUACUACCCUCACACUUACAACGUUGACGGCUUCUACGUGGCCAAGUUCCAGAAAAUUGCACCAUCGCCUCAGGACAAGACCAAGGCCGGUGCCCGAGAAAAGGAGGAGGCUGCCCGAGCCGAGGAGGAGGAGGAGCGUCUCAUCAACGACGAUUUCGCUGCCUUCGACAACGAGGAGGAUUCCGCCAUCAUCGACUCUGCCCGACGAUCCCAGCUCAGACGAAAGGGUAUCAAGCCUCUGCCCGGCAAGCCCAAGGACAAGAAGGUGGCUACCAAGGACGAGUAA